CCGACUGCCGGCUGCUUUCACAUCCGGGCGGCUCUCCUGCUCCUCCGCAGUCGCAUCCCGCCUCCCUUCCCUGCGCUCUCGGCUGGGGAGGUCUGCGCCCGCCGAAGAAAGUCCUGAAUUCCGGGCCGUCUGCUCCGGCGUCAGGCACCGGGGCCCCCGCGGCGCUGCUCCCCCACAUGAAGCGGGCUACGCCGAUGUUGGUGCACGGAGCUGCGCGCUCCCGCUCGGUGCGACAUCCCCGCGCUGAAGUAGCUUCUUUGGCUAACGUUAGCUAACAGCAUCGAUCGCCGUGCCUCUCCAACCCCCAUCUGCCUCUGGACGACCCCCCGCUACCGACCCGUCACAUCCACGGCUGAUUGACGGCGGGGAGACCCUCACGCGCGCUCCGGACCCGCAGUGGGAGUUCCGCCCGGACUCCCCUCUUUUCUCUACCUCAUCCUCCCGAUGCGCCCCUCUCCCCGGGUGUAAUAUCCGCAUCACUCCCGGCGGACAUCCUCCUCCACGUCCCCUGCUCCCCUUCUGAAGCCAGCUGGCUGGCGAGUUCAGCUUCACACCCACUCGCGGACUCCCUCCUCAUCCUCAUCAUCCUCCUCAUCGUCAUCACGCCGCACACCUCUCCUCCUCCUGCCGGCUCAUCAUCCACACCCCAUCAGGUCUCCCGGACGCCCACCUCCAGGCUCCAGGGGUCUCGCCAUGCCGGGUCCAGUGGCCGGUAGCAAGUCCCGAGUGUACGCCGACGUUAACACGCUGAAGAGCCGGGAGUACUGGGAUUACGAGGCCCACGUUCCCAACUGGAACAACCAGGAGGACUACCAGCUGGUGAGGAAGCUGGGCAGAGGGAAGUACAGCGAGGUGUUUGAGGCCAUCAACAUCACCAACAACGAGAAGGUGGUGGUCAAGAUCCUGAAGCCAGUGAAAAAGAAGAAGAUCAAGCGAGAAAUUAAGAUUUUGGAAAACCUGCGAGGAGGGACCAACAUAAUCCGGCUGGUGGACACAGUCAAAGACCCCGUGUCCAGAACUCCAGCUCUGGUCUUUGAAUGCAUCAACAACACAGACUUCAAGGAACUGUACCAGAAGCUGACAGAUUAUGACAUCCGUUUCUACAUGUACGAGCUGCUGAAGGCUCUGGAUUACUGUCACAGCAUGGGAAUCAUGCACAGAGACGUCAAACCUCACAACGUCAUGAUCGACCAUCAGUUAAGAAAGCUGCGCCUCAUAGACUGGGGGCUGGCGGAGUUUUACCACCCGUCCCAGGAGUACAACGUCAGAGUGGCCUCACGCUACUUCAAGGGCCCCGAACUGCUGGUGGAUUAUCAGAUGUACGACUACAGUCUGGACAUGUGGAGUUUGGGCUGCAUGCUGGCCAGUAUGAUCUUUCAGAAGGAGCCUUUCUUCCACGGCCAGGACAACUACGACCAGUUGGUUCGAAUCGCCAAAGUUCUGGGCACAGACGAGCUGUUCGGGUACCUGCGGAAAUACCACAUCGAACUGGACCCGCGCUUCAAAGACCUGCUGGGACAGCAGAGCCGGAAGCGCUGGGAGCAGUUUGUUCAGACGGAGAACCAGCACUUAGUGAGCCCUGAAGCUCUGGACCUGCUAGACAAACUGCUGCGCUACGACCACCAACAGAGACUGACGGCCACCGAGGCCAUGGAACACCCCUACUUCUACCCUGUGGUGAAGGAGCAGUCUCUGUCCAACUCUGACAACAACAUGGUUUCCAGCGGCAACAACACGGCGCGGUGAAAGAGGAUGUUUGCUUCAGUGCACACGAGGAGACAAACCAGAGGAGGAUCAGCUGGAACCUUUAGACUACUUACUAUGAAACCCUGUUUGUAGCUUUUACAAUAAUGUGAAGAAAAUGACUAGAUAAAAUAUUCCAAUAUGCACAAUCCUGCUUUUUACUGGAAGUGAGUGUCAUAUUAAAGUCCUUCUCAACUAUGUAUUUUGUUUGUUGUGAAAUCAUUCCCAGUGUUUUUUUAUUUAUGAUUAUGUACUUUUAACCAAAGACUAAUCAAGUCUAUUUUUUCGUGCUCAUCUGUGUUGUGGGUGGGACUGAAGUUAGUUUUCCCAUCAGCCCUUUGUUUACACUCUCUCCCACUAGCGACAACCAUCUCACAAGUUCAAACUAAUUUUAGCAAACCAAAAAAAAAUUGGCAAGCAAUAUCAGAGCUGUUUAGUCGUAAGGUUUAUGGUGAGAUAGUAGCUCAGAUGAGGAAAAUGAAGACGUUAAUAGAUGUAUUUGUCUGCAAGUGGAUGAUUUAGAAUGGAAGCAGAGAAAGGAGACUUUGUCCUGAGACUGUGUCAUAAACCUGAGCUUUUCAAACAUCCGGUUUUCAUCUAUGAUUUGAAUAAAGAAAUACUCAGAAAAACA